AUUUUCGUUUUGUCGUGGAACGGGAACGGUCCAACGUCCCGAUAUACUUGUACCGUAGCCGUCCCGAGCAAUGCAGCGCGGAAAAGUCGAGUAAAAGCGUUCGUGACUGAAUUUUUGUAUUUAUUUACCGUUGCCUUUGCGGCUUCACUGUGUGUGUGCCCGUAUUCGCGUGUGUCUGUGCGUGUGUUUGUGUGUUUCUGUUUUGGUGCUCUUCUUCUUUGUUGGGGCCGAAAGAAAGCAAUCAACAUUUGGAGCCAAAACAGUGCCGUGCUGUGCCGCCUAACAAGAAAACAAUCCAAAUAGUUGGCCAAAAUAGAGAUCUUUAACGGGAAUUAAGUGAUAAUAGUGCGCCAUCUAGCGGCCAGAGUGGGUCUCUUUCCCAUAUAUGCGACCAAAACUUUGACUGUUCGUAUCCGCCGGAAGCUCCUUAACGGGCCAGAACAAGUGCAAAGCCCCCCAACAGGUGGAAGGAGGAGACUCCCCAACUCGAAGGAAGCCACUGCAAUAGAGAGUGGGCUAACGAAACUUCAGUUGUCAUAGAGGCACAAAAUUAUUCGUAGGCAGUAAAGAUGUCUGUGGAUAAUCCCUAUUAUUUCUGCAAUGACACCAAAUCUCCACGCACACCCGACUCCCAGUCGUCCAGCAGGGGCUUCUCGCUGUUCAAACGCCGCAACUCGAAGGGCAGCAGCAGCCCUCGGCCCAUGGUGGUGUCCAAUCCGGAACAGAUGCGUCUGAUCACAUCCGCCAAUCUCGACACAACGGCCACCAUGGCCUUUGGCAGUCCGCGCGGCAGCUUCAACUCCCUGGGCGGCUUCUCACAACAAUCGUUUGAACUGCAGCCGAUGCAGCAAAUGUAUCGCCAGCGAUCGUCCAAUUCACACUCGGAGUCGCGGGAGUUCCGCGAACGCCUCGGCUCCUGCAAUGAGACGCACAGCUCCCAGUGCCCCGGCGCGGGAGCGGGAGGCACAGAGCACGACGAGGUCUUCAAUCCGCUGACAUCGCCAACAAGCAGCAAAUCCCAUCGCCAUCACACACUGCCAAGUGGCGGCGGCGGCGCUGGAGGAGCACGACGCCAUUCGUUUGGCAAUUGGUCGCAGCAGCAGGGCGAUCGGCAGCGCCAGAACACAGCCACAUCGAUGGGCCUGGGCUCCCCGGAUGAGGUGCCCAGCAUGAUGGCUCCACGGCCGCCCGUCCAUUCGCCCAACAAAUUCCGCGGCACCUCCCAUCGACGAAGAGACAACUGCGGCAACGUGAACAACACAAGUGGAGCGAAUGCCAGCGGCUGCAUCGGCUACAACAUGGACGACAUUCUGAUCAUCACGGCAAAGCACAGCGAGCGCGCCUACUUGAGGGCCACUUUCCUGAAGAACCAUUUCGACAAGAUCACCAAACAGCGCGGACGGAAACCAUUCAAUUUUCUGCACAUCAAAAUUGACGAUGGCCCCUUCAGCGAGGAGAUCGCCCAAAAGUACCAGAACACUGCACUGCAGAUUGUCAUUCUGUGUCCCGCGCUGCUGGCCCUGCCCCACAGCUUCCUGAUGGCCCAACUGUCGGCGAUUAUACGGGUGGAGAAGGUGCUGGCCAUACUGCUGGAUGUGGCCGAGGAGAAGGUCAAGGAGAUGCACAAGGCUGCGCUGCCGAGCUACUACAAGUGGCGCCGCUGUGUGGUGCGCGACAACGAUCAGGUGCAGAUCAGCAACAUUUUGGGCAUUGCCACGGACAUCCUGGGGCGGGCCCUGUGCCAGCGGCCUCCCUGCCAGGACAGCGGCAGCGGCAACAGUAGCGGCCUCUCGCGCAGCUUCUCCAGCUGCGCGGAGGGAUUCACAGUGCUGCCGAAGAAGGUGAAACUCGGCCAGAACAAGGUGGUGGCCAUGCUGGCCGAGCCGCUGGAGAAGAACGACACCCUCAAGCUGCUGGUGGAGAAGUCCGGCGAACUGAUUGAGCUGCGAAACUUCAAAUGCCGCAAUCCGUACACCCUGCAGUUCUCCAUACCAGAGGCCUGCAUGGAGAUCUCCACGAUGAUCGAGAUCCGCAUCGAGAAGAACAACAAGAGCCUGGGCGCGCGGCCCAUCAAGUGCGAGAGUCGCCUCAGGGAGCUGGAGCAGCUGCUCCGCGUGGAGGAUUCGCCCAUUGAGUUCAUGUGCCAUGCCCUGGGCAUCGGGCCCGUGGAGAGGGACGCCCUCGAUCAGCAUCUGCUGCAGUGCUUCCAGCGGAAUAUGCCCCCCAAUUUCCAUCUGCUGAACGGCCCCUGCGAGAAGCAGCCGCAUUUCUUCACACGCCUCGAGUCCAGUCCGGAGGAGUACCCCACCCUGCUGCACUUUGCCGCGCGCUGGGGCCUCAACCGCCUCUGCAUCCAGCUGAUGGAGUGCCCCGGCGGCGACACUGCCUGCGGCGUCCGCAACUGCGCUGGCCGUACGCCAUUUGAGCUGGCCGAGCAGGAGGGCCACCACAAGCUAGCCCAGAACAUUGUCAGCUUCUCGGAGUUCCACGAGCUCACGACCAUGUACCACUACUUCAAGGGCGUCUCCCCGACGGCCGCUUCCAGCGAGAGCAGCCCCAAGCCGGUGGUCAUUGAGGCGGUGCCCGGCAAGACCAAAUCCUCCUCUGGCAAGCCGCCAAAGCAGCUGCCGUCCGCCGAGUACAUGGAAAUGUCGAGCGGCUCUGAGCGGGAGAACACGCCCGAGGUGCGUCCCAAAACGGAGACGCUGGCCAUCUCGAAUCUCAACUACAUCAGUGUGGAGACGGAGGAUGAGAAUCUGCAGGCUUCGGCGGCGGAGAAGAACUUGGACUCGAAGAAGGAGCUGCCCGAGGCAAUGCCUGAGGCUGCAGCCUCGCCAGGACCGGGACCAGGACCCGAGCAAACCACCAACGAGCUGCGCAUCAACGAACCGCCCUACUACCAGUCCAAGGAGCAGAACAAGUCCCAGGAUGUGGUGGAUGCGCCAGUGGCGCCACUCUACCAAACGGACAAAUUCAGCCAGGAGUGCUCGCAGCUGCUGGAGAACCAGGCCGUGGCCGGCAACGACUACGUGCUGCAGCCCUCGAACGUGCCCGUGAAUAGUCCUGCACCCAGCAGUACCUCCAACAGCUGCCCCCCGGAUGAUGGGAACUACUUGUUCCAGCCCUCGAACCGGCCCGUGGAGGAGCAUCUGCGGAUGAGCCGCUCGACAACGCGACUGGCCAUGGGACAGGCGGGCAGUGGCCACAGCUUCAGCCACAAUCAUCAGCCAGGGUAUGGUACGCUGAAGCGCAGUUCCAGCGAUGCCUCUGCCAACAGCCACAAUCGAUCGAACGCCGACGAUGAGCUGGCCGAGAUCAUGCACGACUUCAAGAACAAUGUGCUCUCCAUUCGGGAUGUGGAGCUGCUGGUGGAGCGCUGGAAGCACCGAAACGAUGUCCAGCAGAGCUUCCGCGAGAAGCAGGACCAGAUCGAUCAGCUGCGACGCGAGUACGAGCGCAUCCACGAGCAGGUGCGAUCGCAUUUGAAGCGAGAGACGCCCUUCGAGCGCAUCAAGAAGUUCUUCUCGCGUCCCAAGAUGUCGCCGGGGGAGAAGCAUCCGGGCAGCUGUGCCGACAGCCUGCUGGACGAGACCAAGAGCUCGAUUGCCACCAGCUGCAGCUUCAAGUCGGGCGCACGUCCCAUCAGCUCCCUCAGCCUGCAGAGCGUGUCGAGCAGCAGCUCCUCCUCGGGCCGCCUCAGCACGGGCAGCAAUUGCAGCGGCGCCUCCCUGGGCGACUCUGGCACCCACUCGGACCACGAGGAUCGGCGCUACAACUGCCGUUUGGGUGCCCAUGGAUCGCUGAUGGACAACUAUCUGGUGCCGCCGCCACCACGUCCCGUGUUCACGCCCAGCUCCACGCCGGGCGAUGAGCGCCAUCAGAUCGUCUUCCCCUCGCCCAUGUCCAGCUGCCAGCGCCUGCACACGCCCACCAGCCCCACCGGGUCCGCAUCCGAACACUAUCAGAUGUUCCCCUCGAACAUACCCGUGUACGGCAGCCAGCCGCUGGCCUCCUCCCAGAGCAGCAACUACCUGAACACCAUCAUGGAGGCGAAGGAGCAUGCCGAUACCCAGCAGCACUACCAGAACCAGAACGGGGUCACCCUGCAGCCCAUCAAGCUGAACGAGCGCUCCAACAUCAUCUACGGGAAGCUGACCAAAAGCCACUCCGCGUCCUCCGCCUCCAGCUGCAGCAGCUUCAAGCCCAAGCAGCUGGCAGUGCCAUGUCCCCAGGUGGGCAGCAUCGAGAUCCAGGCCGAGGUCUAUCAGAACGUGGGUGGAGAGGCGCCAGAGGCCGCUGCCAAAGUGGAACCCACGCCAGAGACGGAGUCGCCCAACUACAUGAACUGCUAGGAAGGCGGAGGGGGUGGGGCGGGUACUUCACUGCCAUGAAACAUCGACCCAAACCAAAUCGAAAGCGAAAGCGAAAGCUUCUUUGGAGUUGUGUAUUCUUGUUUAGUCUGUAAGUCGAUCGAUUCGUAUCCCUCCACACACACAGGAAAGUGCAAAGGAUGGAUGGAUGGAUGGAAAUGAGUACGAACUAGUUAUCGAGCGGAACAUAUUCUAAUUAAUGGUUAGUCCGUAAGCGCUGUAUUAUCUACACUAUCUCUUAGUCUUCGGGUUUCAGAAUCGAAUUGUACAUUUGUGAGACGUUUGCAAGCAACCAAAUCAAACCAUAUCGUUAGGGUCUAAGUCUAGCUCCUAAGUCGAACCAAGCAGCUAACAUAUCAACAAAUAAUUCAUCUUCUAUUUUAACUCUAGGUAUUACAACCCCCUUACCCCAUUUAAUUGUAAGAUCCUGCACCGAUCCCCCUUUGGCAUGCCGCUUAGCAUGAAAAACUCGUUAUGUCUAGCUCCGAAAAAUCCCAUAAAAUAUCAGCUAUA